CGCUUUCGGUUUACGGUGCAUCUUUUUAAGUCUUUCACUUCUCGUUCCACAUACCACCCCGAAUAAUCUCUCACGCCGACUCUCUCUCUCAAGGCAAGAAUUUACUCGGUCGCGAAUCUUCUACGUCAUUCGAGAUCCUACUUCCUUGCCGUCGAGGUGGGAAGACCUUUCGACAUUGCCUGACAUCGAGCUGGUCUCUUACCCGACUUCAUUGUCUUAUAUUCUCAUUGGGUCCCUUGAAUUAGGGUUUCGUUGAUUUUUGCUUGUUCUCAAUCUCACUGCAUAAUUACCCCACUCAUUACCGAUUGUUCCCACAAUGGUUGCAGAAACUAAGCUGUACGAUUCUUUGGGUAUCAAACCCGACGCAUCACAAGACGAAAUUAAAAAAGCAUACCGGAAGUGCGCAUUGAAAUAUCAUCCGGAUAAGAACAAGGAUAACCCGUCCGCAUCGGAGAAGUUCAAAGAGGUAUCACAAGCCUACGAAGUUUUGUCCGAUCCCGAAAAGCGCAAGAUCUAUGACCAAUUCGGCCUUGACUAUCUGAUGCGGGGCGGCCCUGCUCCUCCGCCCGGUGGUGGUGCUGGCGGUGCUGGCGGUGCUGGUGGAAGUCCGUUUGACGGUGGAAUGCCGGGGGGUUUCUCAUUCGGAGGCAUGCCUGGAGGAGGUGGUGCCCGGACCUUCCGUUUCUCGACUGGCCCCGGCGGUGGCAGCGGCUUCCAGUUCAGCUCUGCAGAUGAUAUCUUCCGAAACUUCGCCAAAGGUGGCGGCUCUGGCAUGGAUCAUGAGGAUCUGUUUGAUAUGCUGG